GUGCAAGUUGUUGUGAUUUUCACAUAUUAUUACUAUGUACUACUACGUAGUACUUCGAAGCAGUUGGGAAGUACUGUACGUACAGUAGUAUAAGAUUAGUACUCCCAACCUUCACACUACAGUUACUAGUACUGUAUGUACCUGCUCGACAUCUUGGUGCAAUAUAUAAAAUAUAUAAUAUAUAUAACUGGCUUCUGUCACCAAUCAUACACUUCAAGUGCGAAAUGCCCACAUCGUCCCUUAGCCCAUAGUUCCGCGUCCGCCCCAUAAUCGUGUUGCGCUACUCGCUUCCGUCAUCCGUUGAUUCGGUCGCUAGCUCCCGUGUCUUUACUUCAGAGGGCUGUGGCGAUUGGUGCGGACUUGACCCAUUCAGACCAGCGAGGGCCGCCGCAGCCGCCGCGGGGGGGUCCGAUCUGGCAUGGGGCGAGGCAGGGGGUGUGUGCUGGUGCUGCGGGGCGAUCCGCAUUACAAACUGGUUCACGAUGCCGUUGAGGUUGCUCACGUUGGCGUCCACCCCCGUGAGCAGCUGGCCUAGGUGCUGGUUUGCAUCCGAGAGUACGUUGCAGCGAUGUGUGAGCAGCAUGAUCGUUUCUUCGGCGCGGACGAGGCGCUGGCCCAGUCGUUCCACGGCGUGUUCCCAUGGAGAUGCGACUUCCUGGUGGUAUGGCGGGUGGUGUUGAGUCAGCAUAUGAUGAUGGGGAUGGUGCUGGCGGGGACCGUCGUUCAAGAGGUCUUUGAUCCCGGACGACGGCUCCCGCUUGACAUGCCGGCCAUCGGUAGAGUCUGGAGUCGACUCGGGGUACGACGAUGAUGACGACGCUUGCGCCAACGCGGCUGCCGCCACCACGCCGCGCAAUCGUUCGUCGUCAUGGUGGUGGUCGUGGUCUGGGUGGUGACGGGGCUGGUGGUGGUGGUAGAUCGGGUGGUGGGCGUACGGCGCCGGGAACGACUGGGAUGAUGAAGAUGGAUGGGUGGUGGAGGAGGAGUGCAGCGAUGGCGGGGGCAACGAAAUGUGGUGGUGGUGUGGGGUGGACGAUGCCGCCAACCGACGGCGGUGUUCCAUCUCGCGGGUCCAUGCGUCGUGUUGGUGGUGAUGGUGGUGUGGACUCUGACGUGGAGAGCCGCGGUGGUGACGAGGUGCGUCCUGUGACUGCAAGGAUGCGUCCACCGACUGUUGCGGCGGCACCGAGGACGACGUCGUGGAAGUUGCCGAGUCGUUCAGAAGUUCGUUGAUGCCCCGCUUCUUUUCUCGCUUCUUCUUCACAGGUCCUUUGGUGCGGACGACUGGGGUCGCGGUGUCUUCGACAUUCGCAACGAUCGUCGUCGUCGGGCCACUUUCGUCGUCUUCCGUAUCGUUCUCGGGUUCAUCGUUGGCUCCGUCCACAAUCACACCUGGUGCGGCCACUUCGAUGUGCAAGUCUCGAAACGUUCGCGACGACGGGUGUCCAUGUUCCUUGUGGAUACGGUCCCAAUGGCAGUGCACGGCGUUGUAUCCGAUGGUCUGUCCUGCCUUGUGGCAGAGCGAACACCGGUACCGCUGGUCCUUCUUGGCUUUCGGGCGGGGGUCGCUAUCACUCAUGGCGCCGAAUGUGUACUCUUUGUUCGAGUGUUUU